AUGUUUGCAAAGAAGAAACAUCAAGGCACCAAGAAGGACAAGAAACAAGUCAACUGCUUUGGAUGUGGCAAGUUGGGACAUUACAAGAAUGAAUGUCGGUCCAAGAACAAUAAGCCACAUGAAGAAAAUAUGGAGUUGCAUGUGGCGUUCCAUUCGAAUACCAAGCGAUCAAAUGGAGAUAGGGCAAUGUGGGUCAUCGACAGUGAGUGCCAACAAACGAUAGAUACGUAUCGGUUGCAAAGAAAGGUACCAAGUUGA